CCGGCGGCUGCCUGCGGAGCGGAGCCGAGCCGAGCCGAGCGGAGCGGCGCGUUUGGAGAGCUGCGGGUCCCCCUCGCCAGCAUGUCCCCGCGCUGCGCGGCGGCCGCCUCGCCGGGAAGGGCCGCCGCCCCGGAGGACACGGGAGGAUGAGGCGGAGGCGGCGCAGGGAGGAGGAGGAGGCGGCGGCGGCGAGGCAGGCAGGGGGAGGCCGGAGGAGGCGGAGGGGCAGCGGAGGAUGAAGUGGAGUGUCCGGGGAGCCUGCGCCGCGCUCUCCAGCUGCCUCCUGCUCGCCUGCGCCCUCAGCGCCGCCGCCGUGGGCCUCAAGUGCUUCUCGCUGGGCUCGGAGCUCAAGGGGGAGCCCUUCCGCCUGGGCACCGCCGCCGGCGCCUUCUACUCGGGGCUGCUGCUGGCCGCCGGCCUCUCGCUGCUGGGCUCGGCGCUGCUCUGCUGCCGCCCGCCGGAGGGGGAGGCGGCGGCGGCGGGGGGCCAGCCCGCGCCGGGCGGCCGGCAGAACUUCCUGCUGCUCGGCGUGCUGGUCUUCAUGCUGGGCGUGCUGAGCGCCUUCGCCGGGGCCGUCAUCGACGGCGACACGGUGUCGCUGGUGGAGAGGAAGUACUCGCACUACUGCGGCCCGGCGCCGGGCGGCGGCGGGGGCCCGCGGGCGGCGGCGGCGGGCGCGGCGCUGCGCUGCCAGAAGCUGCGGGACUACCAGCGCGGCUUGGUGCUCUCCACCGUCUUCAACGCGCUCGAGUGCCUGCUGGGCCUGCUCAGCCUGCUGCUCGUGCGCAACUACAAGGCGGCCCAGCAGCGCGGGCUGCGCCGCCAGCGCCGCCGCCAGCAGCCCGGCCCCGGGCGGCAGGCGGCGGAGGCGGCGGCGCGGCGGCGGCGGGGAGCGGGCGGGCGGCGGGCGCCGCGGCCGAGCCAGGGCUCCAUCUUCUCCAGCGAGGAGCCCGAGCUGUCCCCCGCCGACUGCCCCUUCCAGGCCGUCUCCUACAUCAACGUGGGCGUCUUCCACGUGUUCGACGAGGCCGGCGUGGAAGUGCACUGCGGCGGGCACCCCUCCCUGGAGCUGCCCGGCUACUCGCCCAUGGACCCCGAGCUCAACCCCUCCUACCCCUACUGCUACCCGCUGCCCCACGAGCAGCCCCCGGCCUACGAGGAGAUCUACCCGGGGGAGCCCGGCGCCAACAGCAGCUAGCGAGGGGACCCGCACCUGCGCUGACAAUCAGCCGCUGGCACCAGGCGGCCCCUGCCGUAGCUUUGGGGACAGACCCGCGGGCAGCAUCAGCCCUUGCGCUCAGCGCACCGGCCCGCGCAAAAAGCCCGCAGCGCUCGUCUCGCCGCGCUAGCGCCCGCUGGGGCUAGGCCGAGGCAACGCGCCUGGCGAAACAGCCUCUGGCUCCAUCACUGCACGUGGCGAGACCCUCGCCAGAGCCCCACCGUGCGCUGCUCCUGCUGGGGGUGACUGAGCGGGCCCACGAGUACAUUUGUCAGGAUCAUGGUUCUGUCUGAUGGAGUUUUUCAUCCGUCUUGUCUGUUAAAUAUCAAGAUUGAGUUUUCAAAGCUGGACAAGAACCGUUUAGGAGUUGGUUCUUCCCCUCCUGAUGUCUCUUGGGCCAAUUUUUUUUUUAAAUUAUUCAUCAUCAUAGUCUUUUCUUCAGCUUUAACGGUACAAAGGUAUACCAUUUAUGAUAACCAGCCAGUGUAAGGGGAAAAGUGUAAUGAAGCUUCUUUACCUCUCAAGCAGAGACAUUUUUAACAACGGAAAGACGUUCCUGUAAUGUUUACCACAGCUGUUUGGGGAAAUUCUUAUGUUUACACUUUCUUGAAGAUUUAAAUUCUAUUUAAAAUGUAGUGGGAGUUAAAACCUAUGUUGGGUCUGGUAGGAUGCACAUUAAAACCCCCUGCACUUUCAGAGAAAAAAGGAAAAGUAAACAGCAACAUUUUUGUACACUAAUGUGCCUGCUUUUGUUGAUAACUUCUUACUGUAAAAGCUUUGGAACGUCUAUAAUGAAAAGGUUUGGUAGAUUCAUUGCAAUCUAAAAUUAAUCACCGUUUCCGUUACUAAAAUAAUUGAGUUGUUAUUGAGAUAUAGCAAUUAAAAGGCAGUCCAAAUGGCAUGUACAUUCCUUUUUGUAAACAGGUUCUGUGUUUUUAAUGCAAGGCAGGGCUCAUUUUUGUUUUACACAAGUAUAAUUUUGUACAACUAUAUAGUUUCUCUUGUAAAGAAUCUCAUUUUAUUGUUAUCAAUUCAUCAAUCUGGUACGCUUGAAUAUUAAAGUUUAUUUUAAAAUAUA